AUGACUGAAGAAGAAAAUAAUACCGAGUCAGAAAACACUAAAUACAAGGAUGGUGUUAACCGAAAUGCUAGGCUUAUAAUAAGAAAUAUCUCGUUUAAGGCCACAGAAGAAAGUUUACGAGAACAUUUUGCAAAAUAUGGCACAGUGGAAGAGGUUAAGCUUCUUAAAAAGGCGGACGGGAAGCUCGUUGGAUGCGCUUUUGUUCAUUUUACACACGUUCCUAUGGCGAAUAAAGCAAUAGCUGCUACAAAUAAAAAACCUUUUCUAGGUCGACCGAUAUAUGUCUCGUGGGCUGUACCAAAACAUCAAUAUAACGGGGAGCAAAAUGGAGGUCCAACCAAAAAGAGACAAAUGAGUGGCUCCUCCGAUGAUGCAAAGAUAGAAAUAAAAGAUGAUGAUGCAGGUGACAGUAAAAAACAAAGUGAUGACAAGAAUAAAAUAAGAGUAAAUCGUAAUGCCCGUCUCAUAAUCCGUAAUGUGUCAUUCAAAGCUACUGAGGAAUCAUUGAAAGAGCAUUUUGAACCUUAUGGAAACAUAUUAGAAAUUAAAUUGCUCAAGAAGCCCGAUGGAAAGCUUGUCGGUUGUGCUUUUGUACAUUUUAAGAAUGUGCCAAUGGCUAAAAAGGCAUUAUUGAACACAAAUAUGAAACCAUUUUUAGGCCGUCCUAUAUCUGUGGAUUGGGCGGUUCCUAAAGACAAGUACAUGCAGCAUGUGGUCAACAAACAGCUUGAAAUGCAGGACGAUGUUAAGAAGGAGGAAUCUGAUAGUGACAAUGAACUCAUAGAUACAUCUACUGAAGUAAAACAGGAGGUUAAAAGUGAAUCUGAUAGUUCAGAUGAAAAUGAUGAUGAAGAAUCAGAUGCUGAUGAUGAAGAAAAGGAUUCAGAUGAUGAUGAGGAUGAAGAUGAUGAGAAUGAUGAAGACGAUGAUGAGAAUGAUGAAGAAGAUGAUGAUGAAGAUGGUGAAGUGGAUGAAGAUCAAGACGAUGAUGAUGAGAAGAAAGAUAUUAAACCAGCAUUCCAACGCAAGAAGUUAAAUGAUGCAGAAGAUGGCUGUACCGUGUUUAUAACGAACAUACCCUUCAUAGUAGACGACCACCAGUUGAAAACCUUCGCAGAGAACACCGGACCUGUGAAAUAUGCACUCAUAUGUGUUGACAAGCUGACAGAACAUUCUAAGGGAUCUGGAUUUGUUAAGUUUGUUAACAAAGAAGAUGCUGAGAAAUUUCUCUCCCUUCCGUCAGAUCAGCUCCGCCUUGAAGGACAAGUCUUAGGAGUGAAACCGGCUCUUAAGAAGGAAAAUCUACAACAAGGAAAUAAGAAACAACCCAAAGAUAACAGAAACUUGUAUCUGGUUAAAGAAGGAGUGGUAGCGGCCGGUACUCGGGCGGCGGUGGGCGUGUCUCAAUCCGACAUGGCCAAAAGACUGGCCCUUGAACGCAGCAAGACUCAGAUGUUGAAGAAUCUGAACAGAUUCGUGUCCCGCUACCGUCUUGUAGUGUCAAACCUGACUCCUAACAUCACGGACCAGGCGCUCCGUCGGUUGGUGUUGAAAGCAUCCCCUGCACGCGCCGUGGUCACUGAGGCGAGGGUCAUGAGAGAUCUUAGAGCUCCCGUGGGCAGAGACGGGAGGCAUCCGUCAAAAGGUUACGGGUUCGUGAUGUUCACUCGACACGAGGACGCUCUGGCUUGUCUUAGAAAGUUGAAUAACAAUCCUGACAUAUUCGACACGCAUAAUAGACCCAUCGUGUCUUUCUCUAUAGAAGACCGCACGGCGUUAAACGCGAGGAAGAAGAGAUUGGAAAAAUCAAUAGCUAACAAUCCACUGGCGAAGAAAGAUGAUCAACAAAACACAAAGAAGGGACGAAGAAAUAGAAAAAGAAAAAUGAAUAGCGCUCCAGACGAGAGUUAUAUGAAGAAGAAAAAAUUUGAGAACGGAGAGAAGAAUGAGAAUGAGAGUGACUUCACAGGAAUUACAGCCAAAGAAGGCAGUCAGCAUAAAAUAAGAAACAUACAUAAACUGAGAGCACAAGCGGACAUACACAAACAGAACGUUAAGAUAGAAAAGAAGAAAAAUAAGAAGGCGCAUAAAAUAAAGAUGGCGCGGGAGAGGAUCAAACAACCGAAACAGAAGAUUAACAAGAAUAAGACCGGCAAGAGGAACAAGAAACGGAACUUUAACUUUGAGAUACGGUAG